GCCAGCGUGCAGCGCGCCGCGCGCCGUGUGUCUGCCGUGCUCUCUGCCUCCGGACGCCGUACACCUGCUACCAGAGAUGUCGACCCGGCGCCACACCGGCUGGCCACGCCCGCCCACUUCCGGGUCCGAGCGCUGCGCUGGCGCCAACGGGAUGUUGCCGCAGCCACUCGGUCCGCACUCAGAUGAUGGAUGCAAUAGAUUUGGCACGGCUUAGAGCAGCUCGACAUGAUUUGAGGGACAACUUGGUAUUUGACCACAUUGCUGCAGAGCUGCUGCAGGAAGGUGUCUUGGAUCGAGAUGAGUACCAGAGGGUUAAUUCUGCACCUUGCGAUGCUGAAAGGGUAGACCGGUUGCUGGAUUUGUUGCCUGAAAAGGGAAGCGAAGCAUUCAGAAGUUUCAUUAAUGCUCUCGAACACGAUUAUCCGUGGCUGGUUGAUGCUCUGCUGAAAGAUCCACAGGCAACUGAUGGAGUUAGACAAGAAACAGAUCUUUGCCUGCAGGACCAAAACAACACAGUUAAUGAGGAUGACAAAAGAAAUAUUUCUGAAAGAAAAUUUGACUCAGAUAAUACUAAAAAGUCUGAGAAGAAAAACACUGAAAAUACAAAAGAUGAUGACCGUGAGUUGACAACAGAAAUGAUGAAUGUUGUCAGAAGAAACUAUAGAGCAGCUCAAGGAUGGACGAGUUUAGCACAUACAUUAGGUCUUACAAAAUGCAUUAAUAAUAUUCGUAUGCGUGUUCUUGUUUAUGGAGAAAACAGUGAUGUAUGUGUCCAGUACCUUUUGGAAGAAUGGGUAGGAUUGAAGCCUAAGGAAGCAAAACUGAAUAAAUUGAUAUCUGCACUCAGGGAGGAAGGAUUCAAUGAUGUUGCAGAUUAUUUGGAAGCCAAUUACUUAUAGAGGAAGAAUAAGUGGAUGACACUGAUGGUACCUCAUUUCACUGGAUAAGGAACAAAUCAUUUAAAUGACAUCACUUCCUGCAGCUCCUGUAUCAUCAUAAGUCCCCUUUGUGACUGAAACAUUUCGCUAUAUGGUGCCUUAGAAAGUAUUAUAAAAAUGGUUUAUUACUUAUUAUAGCAUCACAUAGAACUUUAUUAAAAGCAAUGAUUGCAUCAAUCAUUUAUGUAUAAAAAUGUGUACUGUGUUAUAUUCUGUGUUUUGUGUUCAAAAACAAAUGUGGAUCGCUCAAAAAAUACUGUUAGAACUGAUUUUUCAUUGUAGCACACUAGCAUAAACUGUGAAUGCCAUAUAUAGUGAUAUUUUUUAAAAAUUGAAUUUUAAAGAUCUGUUGAAAAGUGAUAUUUUAAUUUUUGUACUGUUGGUUAAUAGUAUCAAAAGAAUUGUUUGUUUGUCAUAAUGUGAGACGAGGCUCUCAGUUGAGGAAAUUGAAUAGAAAACAGAACACAUUUGAAGAAAACCUUGCUAUCUACUAUCUUCUCAUGGAUUUACAGUGCACUGAGUGUGUAUGUGGAGGGAUUGUGUCUCUCAGAAGUAAGUCUGUAAAGAAAUAAUGGAAUGAGGGAAACAUUCACAAUGUUUUGGUCUCUGGCUCUUAACUGAUGGACUGUUUUUAAUUAUAUUGCUAGACAGGAGCAAUGCCACAAAGGGCUGCAUCUUGUGAUUGCUUUUACGAUUCAAGUCAAAUGCUGAUGAAAAUUCUUAACAGAUUGUAUUGGUUCUGCCUUGCAUAGAUUCAACUACAAAUUUCAGCAUAAAAUGAUGAUACUAUUUUGGUUAAGAAUUUAGGAGUAUAGCACUUCAGGGAUGAUUUCAGAAAGGAAAAUAUUUUAUGAAGUGAACACGUCAGUAGCCUGCUUGUACAGCAUAUUUUCUAUUUUUAUUAUCUAAUAAGAUAGAUUUAAAAAAAAAAAAGUCUACACGUGAAGUGGUGGUAGGAAUAAAACACAUAAGAAA